CACCCGCCAUUAGCAUGCAAGAAGUCUCAUCGACGACCUAGGAAGCUUUCCACUCCCUGUUGUAUUGCUUGUUGUAGAUAGCAGCGACGACGUCAAGAUGCAACUCUACGCUAUGAAAGCAGCAAGUGCAUGCGGUCGAUGAACUUGGGGUAUAAAUUCAUGGUCGAUUGCAACGAAGAUUCACCACCAUCAUCACUUCAACUCCUCACCAAAGUAAACAAGGUCUCCACGCUCAAUCACAAUCAUGCAUUCCGUCUCCAUCAUCGCAGUAGCCUUUGGCCUCUUCGCCUCUCAAGCCACGGCUACCAUUGCCCUGGGCAACAACGCAAGUAACAACCUGAUGUGGAUCUACGGCGACAACUCGUGCAGUGGGGUGGUCAACCCCAACUGCGGCUCCCCGGUGAAGCUGAGGAACGGUAACAGCUAUGUUGUCAGGGGUUGCGGAACUGAUACACGCUGGACCGAGAACGCUGAUGGCACCUUCAAUGCUCAGUGCUCUCGCGUUAGCCCUCCCUUCGCCACUGAUUGUGGCGUUCAGCUUACGUGGAAGUGUUGAG